AUGCUAACAAGAAGCACGAGGGAGUGGCAUGACCUGGACAAUACAGACUAUGAUUGCUGGCCUUUGGAAAACCCGCAUGAAUACAACAUGAUCGACUGUGGAGGUCUAGAAAUGGCAUGGGUGCAGAGACCCUCAGAGAAGGUGCUUAGUGGUGAAGAAUUCAAUGUGACCUAUGCAGUAACUGUGACAGAUCAUUUCUAUCACUGGGCAGUGGCGAACAAUAUCCUUUUACAUAGCAAUCCGACAGAAGCCAAAGCUUUCUGUGAAGAGAAGGAGUGUCCCUUGGACUGGAAGAAUGCCAAUGAAGACAACUGCUGUGUGCACCAUGCCAACAUUCACUCCUGCCCACUCAAUUUUAUGGUAAAGGGAGGAAUUUGUGGUCCGUGGAUUCCUGAUGACGGGCAGAUAGUUACCCAUACUAUAUCCACUGCGGGGAAGAUCAGCCAAAUCAAUUGGACUGCCAAGGUGGUCCUUGUCCAUCUUGGUGUAACCUCCCUAAUAGCUCACAUCAAGGUUGGUCGAAUGCAAGCGGCACUGGAGGCUAAAACCAUGGUGUUACCUGCGCAAGUGUGUGGAGAUGAUAACUGUGAUAAGGAUGAAACGUGCUCCACUUGUCCAGCAGAUUGUGGUGACUGCACUUCCACCAUCAAAAUAGCUAUCAGUUUCCCCAUCUCGCUGGCAUGUGUUGGCUUCAUCCUUACUGUUGUGUGGCUUCAGUAUCAGAAGCAAAAGAUGUUGUGGGAUGAAAGCUGGAUCAUUGACUUCAAUCAAAUUAAGCAAGAUCAUACCAUGAUGGGCAGCUUGGGCAGUGUUCCCAAUGGAGCCAGUGAUUCCAAUGCCAGCUGUAUCACCACAGUGAGCUCUUGUACAGGACCACUCACUGCAUCCAGAAAACAGCACUUUACCCAGACAGGCAUAUUCAAUGGGCGGACUGUUGCCAUUAAGAAAAUAAAGAAGAGAACUUUUGCCCUUUCCAAAGCCAUUCGCAAAGAGGUGAAACUCGUCCGUGAACUUGAUCAUCCAAACCUUUGCAAAUUUAUUGGAGGAUGUCUUGAAGUUCCAAAUGUAGCAAUAAUAACGGAGUACUGCCCAAAAGGAAGCCUGAAUGAUGUCCUCCUUAAUGAAGACAUCCCGUUAAACUGGGGUUUCAGAUUUUCCUUUGCCACUGACAUUGCCAGAGGCAUGGCUUAUCUUCACCAGCAUAAAAUCUACCACAGCCGAUUAAAAUCCACCAAUGCAGUGAUUGAUGACCGUUGGGUUUGCAAACUUACAGAUUUCUGCUUGGCAAUUUACAGAAAGGAGGACUUUGAGGAUCCGCCUACAAUGUACCAACAGAAGGUGAUUCAAGAAUAUUUACCACCUGAGGCCCAGAUGCCAAACUUCGAACCAACUCUUGCUGCAGAUGUAUACAGCUAUGGCAUCAUUCUGCUAGAAAUUGCAACCAGAAGUGACCUUGUACUGAAAGAAGAUGCAAAUUCUACCGAAUGUAGCCGGUGCCUUCCUUUACCGGAAUUAAUAAAAGGAAAAUCAGAAAAUGCCUGUCCUUGCCCUGCUGAAUACGUCAUGCUGGUUAGGAAAUGCCAGACGAAGAAUCCGACCAAUCGGCCCACAUUUGAACAGAUCAAGAAGUACCUGCACAAAAUUAACCCCAAUAAAGUCAGCCCUGUAGACAUGAUGAUGACCCUGAUGGAGAAAUACAGCAAACACCUGGAAACACUGGUAGCUGAAAGAACACAAGACCUGGUUCACGAGAAACAGAAGACGGAUCGUUUGCUAUACAGUAUGCUGCCAAAACAGGUAGCUGAUGACCUAAGACAAGGAAUCACUGCUCAAGCUCAGAACUAUGCUAGUGCAACAAUAUUCUUCAGUGACAUCGAAGGCUUCACACAGCUAUCGAGUACAAGUACACCAUAUCAAGUUGUGGAAUUGUUAAACAAAUUAUAUACAACAUUCGAUGAAAUUAUUGACAAUUAUGAUGUCUACAAAGUUGAAACUAUAGGAGAUGCGUAUAUGGUAGUUUCAGGAGUGCCAAAAGAAAAUGGCAUUGGUCAUGCGAGUGAGAUAGCAAGCAUGGCUCUGGAUUUGGUUGCUGUGUGUAACACUUUCAAAAUUCCACACAAGCCACAGACAAAACUCAAGAUCCGAGCCGGAAUCCACUCAGGGCCUGUGGUUGCUGGUGUGGUUGGGACAAAAAUGCCUCGUUACUGUCUAUUCGGUGACACUGUAAACACAGCUUCAAGAAUGGAGUCAACAAGUCAAGCACUGAAGAUACAGUGCAGUUCCAGCACCAAUAGUCUACUGGAGCAGAUUGGAGGAUAUGUCUUAACAUGUCGUGGCACAUUACAAAUAAAGGGAAAAGGUGACAUGGUGACUUACUGGCUUGAAGGGAAACAAAGUUCAUCAUCAAGCACAUCAGAAAAUACACCAACAAACUCACUGUUGAACAAAGUGCAGCCAGAAAACAUCAGCCCCAUACCAGACUCCCAGAAAGAAGCAUAUAGUGUCAUUCCUGGUGUUUUGACCAAUGAUCUUCAAUUUAAUUCCUGUUAG